AACAUGGUCUUCAAAAUCAGAAACAUGAGAUAGUUUGGAUAGACCCCGAACUAUCACACAAACACCACAGAAUAAAACUAGCUAUGGCGAUGGCAAUGCCAUCUCUUUGUCAGAGAACAACAAUCUGUGUAUGCAAUGCAAAACCCAUUUCAAAAUACUCUUCAGUAAUAUCAAAUGGCCCUGCAACGGUCGCUAGUAAAUUCAAUGUAUCGAGAUUUCACCACAAUAACAUAAAAAGCGGCAGCAAGAUGACGCGGAGCACGGAUGCCCACAACAGAAAGCAGGAAUUUCAGCAGAAGAGAAAGGGGCUGCUGAGGGCAGUAGCAGAAGAAGACACCCAAGUAGAAGAGCAAGCCGUUACUACUAGUGUUGUUUCCCGGUCAGACAAACUUACUAUGUUCUUCAAGGCUGAAGGCUCUUUGGAUAAUAAAUUAGUGCCGAAGGUUACCCAGACACUACAGAACCUAGAAGAUGUUAGCGAUGUCAAAAUUGAGACUGUGGAGAGUAUCACUACAGUUGAGUUAGUUAAACAGACCACUAUUCAAGCUACUGGUGUUGCCUCUGGAUUGGUGGAACAAUUGCAAAGAAUGGGCUUUAAGUUACUAAGUCUAAGCUUACGUUUUGAAGACGAGGAGGAGGAAGAAGAGGAGGCUCAGAGAGCAUUGUUAUUUAAGGAACUAAGUAGCCAAGAUUAGACAUUCCUUUUUGAAGAAGAGGAGAGGUUGCUUAAAUAUUGCAACUUGUAUGAUUCAAGACAAGUGGAAAUUCAUCUAGUGUUUAAAUUUUUCAGUCUUGCGUUUAAUGGGAAGAUUCUUCCAUUUAUUCUUUGUAA